GGGUACAAUACAGUACAUAAUGUGCCUAGAAUACCUAGUACCUUUGAUUCAACUUGACCUGAAAUAGACCUGCUUAAUUGGUAUCGUAAAUCCACAAUCCACACGGUUUCUUCUUACUUGUGGUUGGUUUUUUGGGGAUCCUCCCUUUUUCGAUUCUUUAAAAUGGUCUUACUCUAAAUAUAUUUCCUAAGAAACAUUUAUCAUUUCGUUCCGUUUAAGUCUUGGAUUUAUUGAUGUUUUUUUGCAUUAAUUUCUGAUCGAGAAGUUGGGCCAACUUUCAUAUCCCGCCACCACGGACCUACAUAGGACCUACAUACAUACAUACAUACAUACAUACAUACACACAUCAUACAUAUCAUAGCAUAUCCUACAUAACCCAAAACGCCACACCUUACUUUACACACGUUCCUUUAUAUAUGAGCCACAUCGUGGGCAUAUAGCCAUGAACACCGGCAUUGGAUCCCCUGCCAUUGUCGCCGAUAAUCAUGCAGACACCAUCGCAAAAAGGGCACAUUACAGCCCUCCGUGGGCUGACUUGAGUAUCAUUGGUAUUGCAGGGAGUUCUGGCUCCGGGAAGUCGACCCUGUCUCAUGCCAUCGUCAGCAAGUUGAACUUGCCAUGGGUCGUUAUCUUAUCAAUGGACUCUUACUAUAAGCCACUGGAUCCUGAGGCUUCCAGGAGAGCUUUUCUCAACGAGUAUGACUUCGAUUCACCAGACGCAAUAGAUUUCGAUGCCUUAGUGCAAACCCUACGGGACCUAAAAGCCGGAAAACGUGCCGAGGUGCCAGUAUACUCCUUUGAGAAGCAUCAACGUCUUGAAGAGACGACAGCUAUAUAUUCUCCCCACGUCCUCGUUCUAGAAGGAAUCUUCGCCCUGUACGAUCAAAGGGUUAUGGACUUAAUGGACAUGCGGAUUUAUUGUGAAGCGGAUGCGGACACAUGCCUCUCCAGAAGAAUCCUACGAGAUGUGAGAGACCGAGGACGUACAGUAGAAGGCUGUAUCAAGCAAUGGUUUGGCUUCGUAAAGCCCAAUUACGAGAAGUAUGUCCUACCACAAAGGAAUCAUGCUGACAUCAUCGUGCCCCGAGGUAUAGAAAAUAGGGUUGCCAUGGCUAUGGUCACCCAGUACAUCGAAAAGAAGUUGGUAGAGAAAUCAACACGGCACCGAGCAGCUCUUCGAAGUCUUGAGGCCGGAUCUGACACAGAGCCCCUUUCAGAUCGGGUUAUCAUUCUUAAACAGACUCCCCAACUCAAAGCUAUGAGUACCAUAAUCCAAGACAUUGAUACUUCAAGCGAGGACUUCAUAUUCUAUUUCGAUAGGGCCUCAUGUCUACUAAUCGAAGAGGCGUUGAACAAUGCUCAUUUCAAGGAGUUAACAAUCGAAACCCCCGCUGGAAAUCGAUAUAAUGGGCUUGCCCCCAGGGGCGAGGUCAGUGCAGUCCUCAUCCUUCGUGGAGGUGCCGCAUUCGAAGCUGGACUGAGGAGAGUGAUACCCGAUGGCCGAACCGGACGCCUUCUUAUCCAGUCCAACGUUCGAACUGGAGAACCUGAACUUCACUACUUAAAACUUCCUAAGGAUAUCAACAAGCAUGACAGCGUCUUGCUCUUGGACGCCCAGAUGUCUAGUGGAGGCUCCGCAUUGAUGGCUGUUCAAGUCCUCGUAGAUCACGGAGUCCCGCAGGAUCGCAUCGUAUUUGCAACAUACUCGGCCGGCUACGUAGGCGUUUACCGUCUGACGAAGGUAUUCCCGGAGAUCACUGUUGUUAUUGGCAACAUGGUUCCCGACUUCGAAGACAGGUGGGUUGAGAGGAGAUAUUUCCGAUGCUAAGAUAUACGGUAGGCAUAAUCUCGAGUACAUACCUAGGUUUUCUUCGUGGCAGCUUGACGUCGGGUCUGCGGUCACAGAAUCGUAAGAUAACGUACCUUUACUGGAAUUUGCAUAUAGAAGAGGGUUCCAGAAGAUAUAUAAACAUUUUUCAAGUAUUAGGUAUCUAU